AACAAAUCAAUUCCAUGCUAUUUAAUGUUUUCGUCUUCAAAGUUCAAACCCAAAACCAAGCAUCACAAUUCUUCUGAUCAUCCAUGACUACUAAGCUAGGUGAGUAACAGUUUCCACAGUAUUUAAGAAGCUCGACAUUCUCUGUUUUUUUUUAUGAAAGCUAGCCGGAGAUGGCUGCGUCAUCCUCAAGACAUCGGGUGGGUUACCGAUUCGACCCCAGAGAGCUUCCGGUGGGUUACCGAUUCCACCCAACAGAGGAGGAGCUGGUCGAUCACUUCCUCAAGAACAAGAUGCAAGGCUGCGCCUUCGACGAGGUUCCGGAAGUAGACAUCUGCAAGCACGAGCCUUGGGAUUUGCCUGCGUUUUCACCGUUAAGGUCGGAUGAUGAGGAGUGGUUCUACUUCAGUAGACCGGAUUACAAGGCCGGCAAGAAACAGGGCCAGGCCAACCGGGCCACCGAGGGAGGGUUUUGGAAGAUCACUGCGAAAGAGGGUACUAUCAGAGCUCGGAGGUCCAAGGCUGUGAUUGGGAAGAAGAGAAUUUUGACCUUCUAUACUGGGAAAGUUCGGAGUGGGCAGAAGACCAGUUGGGGGAUUCAUGAGUAUUACAUACCUGAAAAUCUGCUUCCUAAUGCUGCUAGGCAGAGGGACUUUGUUCUCUGUCGCUUGAAGAAAAAAGAUGAGAGUACUAAUAUUGGAGCCUGUGAUGAAGGUGAACCUAGCACUAACAACGCAUCUGAUUUUCAGAAUCUCAUGGAAGUUUUUGGUAGGCAAAGUAUUCCAGAGGAUUUGCAGAUCACAUUGCAGGAAAAUACUCGGCGGCCUGAAGAAAUUUUUGAUACACUCUUUCCCUCUCCUGAGUCACCUCAAUUACAUAAUUUCUCCUCCAUGUUGGGAGACAAUUUUCUGCAUGCAAAUGCCGUUAGUGAUGUUCACCUUGAGUUGCAAUAUGGAUUUCAACCUGAUGAUUCGGAAGAUGAGGAAUUCAACGUGAACUCUUAUUUGGUUGACGAUGGUGAUUACUCCUUGGAAGAAACAUCACGCACUACUCGGCUCAACCACUCAAGCGAGCCAAAGUCGGUGGUUAAGGUGUAUGAUGAGGGUAUACAUCAACAGAGCAUGAGUUCACCUGUUGCUUCAAGCCUGCCCAUACGAGAUGCAAAUGUUAUGCUUCUUAAGUUCUCGCAGAAGAAUGCUUCCCCUGUCAACGUUGCUGCUAACUUACCUCGGAAAGAGCUGCAGGCUGACUUUGGCAGUCAUAUGCUUUCUCACCUUGGUCCACAGGAAGUCAAGUACACAAGCAAGUUGUCCGAGAUGCCUAAGCCUAAGCCGGAGCCUCCAACGCCUAAGCCUAAGCCUGUGGAGCCUCCAAGCAAUGAUGAAGGAAAGGGUAUGAAGCAGAAACAAACUGGAACAACCAUCAGCGAUUGGAAGAGUUCAUUCAUUGUCUGGAAGGAAUCCCCAUUAAUCCUUAGAUCAUAUCCUCCAGCAGUAUACACUUGUUACAUGAUAGGAGGCUUGGUUUUGUUCAUAUUUUUUGUUGAGGAACUAAUUUCAUAUGGGAAGUGGUACUAGACUGGCCAGAAAAUAGUCGACUUUCGAUUGUUCUGUCA